CUAGGUGGGGUGGUGAUUUGUUCACCGACUUGAAACUAUCCGGACUGCUCGUUCACUUUCACUCGAAACUGUUAGAAUAUGGGACGGAAUUGUGCAUUUUCACCGAUUUGAAACUAUCCGGAAUGCUCGUUCAGUUCUAACGGAAGCUUCUGUAUUCUCUGUCUCCAGUUGUUGCCUCAUCUGCACAGACCACUUUAAAGGUAGGACCAGGACAAGAUGGCGGUUGUUGCCUCAUCUGCGCAGACCACUUUAAAUGUAGGACCAGGACAAGAUGGCGGAUAUAUCUUUACUCCAAGAGGAUUUCCAGGAGGAGUUGGACGGAUCAUUGGUGCCAAGCUUCUGCCACUACUGCAUGCCACCUCAUCACUGUCCCUCGCCUGUCUGGCCUUGGACUUUGUAUCGCAAGAUGAGAUGCUGACUCCUCUUGGAAGAUUGGAUAAAUACGUCGCUAGUGAAAACAUUUUUAACAGACAAAUGGUGGCGCGGAGUUUGUUGGACACACUAAAAGCUGUGGGUGAGGAUGACAGGGACUGUAUCGGCGUCUUGGAGAGAGUGGGCCGACUGGCCGAUGACUCGGAGCCCUCUGUAAGAGCAGAGCUAAUGGAGCAAGUUCCUCACAUUGCCAUUUUCUGUCAAGAGAACAGACCUUCCAUUCCAUUUGCCUUCUCUAAGUACUUGCUACCGAUUGUCGUGAGAUACCUGGCUGACCAGAACAACCAGGUCAGAAAGACCAGCCAGGCGGCCCUGCUGGUGCUGCUGGAGCAGGAGCUGAUCGAGAGGGGGGACAUUGAGACCCUGGUGUGCCCCGUCCUGGUGGACCUGACCGCCCCCGACAGCAACGACGACGUCAAGACGGAAGCCAUGGCCAUCAUCUGUAAGAUGGCCCCCAUGGUGGGCAAGGACAUCACCGAGCGCCUCUUCCUGCCCCGCUUCUGUGAGAUGUGCUGCGACUGCAGGAUGUUCCACGUGCGCAAGGUUUGCGCUGCGAACUUUGGCGACAUUUGCAGUGUUGUCGGAGGAGAGGCGACCGAGGAACUCCUGCUGCCCCGCUUUUUCCAGCUCUGCUCGGACAACGUGUGGGGGGUGAGGAAGGCGUGCGCCGAGUGCUUCAUGAGCGUUUCCUCGUCCACCUCGCAGGAAGUGCGCAGGACCAAGCUCUCGUCGCUCUUCAUCAGCCUCAUCAGCGACCCCUCCCGAUGGGUGCGUCAGGCUGCCUUCCAGUCGCUGGGCCAGUUCAUCUCCACGUUCGCCAUCCCCAACAGUGUGGGCCAGUACUUCAGAGAGGGGGAGGAGGGCGAGUGCAACUGUGUCCACUCACAGAACAGUAUUGAAGAGAAACCAAUGAACCCGGACACUACAGACCCUUGUCUCAGCGCUGACACAGAGGACUCUCCGAGGCAGGGGGAUGACUCUCCUGCAUGCACAAAUGGCAACCACGAGGAGGGUUGUCUACAACAGAACUGCGUUUCCAACAAUGCCCAGGGGGACCACAGCGAGGGGGAGGACGGGGGCUUUUGCCAGACAGAGGAGGAGGUAGGAGGAAUGGACGUGGCGGAGGAGGGGGGUGGGGAGCAGGCGGCGGAGGCUUUGGCGGAUGCCCUGGACGGUCCCGAGUGCCUCUGUGGCAAGGAGCCUUCCUCGCUCGCCUCCAACCCGGACCCCUUCGAGGAGCAGGGAGACUCCUCCAACACAGCAGGGGCCCAGGAGGAGGAGGAAGCCCCUUCAGCAGCUACUGAGAGCACUAAGAACGAGCCACAGCCACAUGAGAAACGCACAACCUCCAACGAGAAGGAGGACGACUCACCAGCAGACAUAUCUGAGUCCUCGUCCUUUUCCCCUGAGCCAGCAGAGGAGGAGUCCCCCUGUGUUAGUCCUCAGGACAAUAUCCCAGAGCAGGAGCUCUACAACUCCUUCCACUUCUGGAGGACGCCCAUCGCUGAGAUGGACCUUGACAUAGAGCUGCUCCAGCAGGGGGAGAGCGGCCAGGAGGAGCCCCCCAGCUACGUCUCCUCCAGUCCGGGCAAGACUAAAGCCUCGGCCCCAGUCCUGGAUAGGAAACAGCUGGAAGAGCUGAUCGAAAACCUGGAGCCUCAUAUUGAUGACCCCGACGUGAAAGCACAAGUGGAUGUCCUGACAGCUGCGUUGAGAGCCACAACCAUGGACUCUCACCUAGAGGAUGCCUUCCUGGAGCCCCGGGACAGCCAGGGGGGACACCACCACGACAACCCCUUUGGAGUGCACCAGAUGCCCCUCAUAGGACACCGUUCAGACAUGGAGAGACGAAACUCGACCCUGCAGAUGAGCCAUGGCGACGACUCUGAGCUGAGCGACAGCAGCUUCAGUCCAGAGGACGAGAAGAAAUCCAAGCAUCAGGACGUGAUCCCCCAGGCCCUGCUGGACCAGUACCUGUCCAUGACAGACCCUUCCAGAGCCCAGACAGUGGACAUGGAGAUCGCAAAGCACUGUGCCUACAGCCUUCCCGGUGUGGCCAUGACCCUGGGCAGACAGAACUGGCACUGCCUCAGGGACACCUAUGAGACCCUGGCCUCUGACAUGCAGUGGAAGGUGCGUCGGACGCUGGCCUUCUCCAUCCACGAGCUGGCGCUGAUCCUGGGGGACCAGCUGACGGCAGCGGACCUGGUGCCCAUCUUCAACAGCUUCCUCAAGGACCUGGAUGAGGUACGGGUAGGGGUCCUCAAACACCUCUACCACUUCCUCAAGCUGCUGCACCAGGACACGCGGCGUAAAUACCUGUACCAGCUCCAGGAGUUCCUGGUCACAGACAACAGCCGCAACUGGCGCUUCCGGUCAGAGCUGGCAGAACAGCUGGUGUUUCUACUGGAGCUGUACAGUGGUCAGGAUGUGUAUGACUACCUUCGACCCCUGGCCUUCAGCCUGUGUAUGGACAGAGUGUCCUCUGUACGCUGGACCUCCUACAAACUGGUGAGUGAGAUCAUCAGGAAGGUGGCGUCGUGCCAGGCGCUGCUGGCAGACUUCCUGAGUGAGCUGGUGGAGAAGUUCUGCCACUCCCCAAAGUGGUCGGGACGACAGGCCUUCACCUUCAUCUGUCAGCUGGCGAUUGAGGAUGACUGUGUGUCGUUGGAGCAGUUCUCAGAGCACCUGCUAGCCCCUCUGUUACAGCUGGCCUCCGACCCCGUGGCCAACGUCAGGGUGCUGCUGGCCAAGACCAUCCGCCAGAGCCUGCUGGAGAGAGAGUACUUCCUGCAUUCUGCCAACUCCCACCAGGAGGCGCUAGAGCAGACACUGGUGGCCCUGCAGAUGGACCUGGACAAGGACGUCAAGUACUUUGCCAGCGUGCAUCCUGGGAGCACUCGCCUCAGCGAGGACGCCAUGAGCACCACCUCCUCCACCUACUGAGCCCAGACCACCCCCCUCCCCACAGGUUAGGGGGCAGAGGGCUUGCGGUAUGCCCUUUACUGGCACUUCUACUUCUAAACAACCAGAAGGGGAGGACCCAUGCAUCAACACAACUUGCCCAACGCAGUGCAACACAACUCGACUCAAUACAACAUAAUUAUUUAGUGCUUCGAUUUUUAUUUUAAAUUUUUUUGCCACAUAAGCCUUAAGUGUCUUCCUUUAAACUGGAAAAUACUUGAAUGUCCGGAGUGGAUUCAGUGAUUAACAAAACGAAUGGAAAAAAACGCACAGGGAACGGA